AUGCCUUCUGCUCCGUACAUCAAACGUGAGGAUGACGACGGCGGUGGUGGUCCUGGCGACUAUCCCGUUUUUCCCAGUGGAGGUAGUAAUAACAACAAUUAUGGCCCUGAUUCCCAGGCCAGAUUGAUGUCAAGAGAGGUUCUUACACGAGGUUUCAAUUCUUUUGAUGAUACAAAUGCCAAUCAAGCUUCAUCUAUGAUUGAUGAGUCGGAUUUAUUAGAUCUGGAAGGCAUCGGUUCGCCCGAGGUUCAAAAUGCUUAUGGACGAAACCAAGGUGCUCAACAAGGGAUAAGCUUGACUGCUGGAGCUGGUUCUAUUCCUGGCACUACUUCUAAUUUUGUGCACAGUGGUAAUAGUGUCACUUCAGCUACUUCGGCACCACGGGAUUUCUCUCGUAAUGCUGCACAACAGUCUUAUAAGUCUAAUUUACCACUCGGCACUACACCUCCUAUCCCCGAAUCAACAUCUCCUUUUGACAACUUUUUGUACAAUCAAGCGAGAUUUGGUGCAAACGCUAAUAAUACUGGCGGUAACAUCAACACGAACCAACAACAAGGCUUAGCAGCAAAUUCUGGUAACUUCCAACAACCAAGUGGUCAAUUGGCAGGCUUAGGCAAUCCUCAGAUCCAUAUACAGAACCAGUCUCACUCAUCGCAACCACAAACCCAGGGCCAGCAGCAGAAUUUUAUCAGCAGUAAACAUAAUAGAUUUCCCUCGACUGGAAACGCUUCUCUUGGUCCUGGUAGCUACACCUCCCCCAGACCAGAGUCUCAUGUUGAUAGAUUUAUGCAUGAAAACGCCAUAGCCAGUAACUCUAGUACUCCAAUUGGUUCAUAUGAUGGGAAUUAUUCGACCAGUCCAGGUUUCUCUGUGGGGUCUACUGGUGGCGGAUUUUCUCUGCCAAACUAUGGUAUUGGUGGGUCUUCUGCUGCUGGUGGUAGUAGCAGCAUAGGAAAGGCCAUGAUUCUCAAUUCUGACGAUAAACAGCAACAAUUACUAGAACGCAGAAGAAAACGACGAGAAUCUCACAACGCAGUAGAACGUCGUCGUCGUGAUAAUAUUAAUGAAAAAAUCAAGGAAUUGUCUGAAUUGAUUCCAGAGAAGUUUCUUAUGGCCGGCAUGGACCAACAGCUACUACAGAAAGGAAUGGACGACAGACCCAAUAAAGGUACAAUUCUAGCUCGUAGUGUUGACUAUAUUCGUCAAUUACAAGCCAUUAUUGACGACCAGAAUAGAGCUGAAUUAGAUCUUCAGGACCUUGUCAACUCACUCCAGCGUAACCUUGGCGUUGCUGUCACGGAAUACAAAUAUACAUCAGCCGAACUAGCUCUCUCAAGACUUGGAAUCGGUCCACAGAUCAGUGGUGCCACCCCUCCAGUAAUGCCCAACACAGGUAUUGGUACAGGAUCAGGCCCCGACGACCUGAAAUCACCAAUGUCGAACAGCAGCCAGUCAUCUCGACCGACCAACAACGAGUCUGGUGCUCUAUCCGACACAGCACAACCAAACCGGAAUCUCCCCGGCGGAUCUGGAUCCACUCAUAUUGGUGGACCCACCGCAGGUUCGGGUAACAAUUCUGCUAGUGGCAGCGGUAGUGGACAAAUGGCCACAAACACCCUGUCUCCAUCGCAACACCGAGGAAACCAGGGCGGUUCUCAUGAAGAUAGAUCCACCAAUGAAACCCCCGAGUUCACCCCGGAAUUCGACAUCGACUUCUACCAAAGGCAGGGCUAUGCGCCACAAGACGAGUCGGCCAUAUUCGAUGACGAUUACGGCUACAAUCGAUAG